AUUCAGAUGUCACCACUGGUGCAAUAAAGGUGAAGGUUACGUCCCGCCCAUGGCUUUAAUAAGAAUAAUUACCAAAUUUGCAAAAGAACAUAGAGUUUUAAGAACAGUUCAGCGAAGAGCAUCUAAUAUAUGCUCUACUUUCAUUCCAGAAUUCGAAAAUCAUCCAGAAAUUUCAUCCUACGAUGAUUUAUAUGCCUUUAGUUUGAAAAAUACAGAUGAAUUUUGGGGAACUUUAGCUAAAUCAAGAUUAAGUUGGCAAAAACCUUUUGAAACCGUCAGCGAUUGCAACCUAUCAGAAGGUCAAGCACGUUGGUUUGAUGGCGGACAAUUAAAUGCAGCUGUUAAUUGCGUAGAAAGACAUGCUCAAGAAAAUCCAGAUAGAAUUGCCCUUAUUUGGGAGAAAGAUGAACCCGGUACCCAAGUUAACAUCACUUAUAAAGAGUUACACGAACAAACUUGUAAAAUGGCCAAUACUCUUGAAAGUCAUGGUAUUAAGAAAGGCGAUAGGGUUGUUAUUUACAUGCCAGUUUCUCCAAUGGCAAUUGAAGCUAUGAUGGCAUGCGCAAGAAUAGGAGCUGUACACUCUGUGGUCUUUGCUGGAUUUAGCGCCGAAGCUUUAGCUUCGAGAAUAGUCGAUGCUAAUGCUGAAACGGUUAUAACCGCUGAUGAAGGUGUUAGAGGAGGAAAACUUAUCAGUUUAAAAAAAACCGUUGAUGAAGCUGUAAAGAACAGUCAUUGUGUAAAACGAGUAUUUGUUUACAAAAGAACCGGUAACGAAGUAUCAAAAAGUUCACUCGAUAUUUGCUUAGAAGAGCAAAUGUCUAAGGCCAGUCCGGUUCACAAGGCAGCUAUCCUCGACAGCGAAGAUCUAUUGUUUAUCCUUUAUACUUCCGGUUCUACGGGCAAGCCAAAAGGAAUUGCUCAUUCAAUUGGUGGCUAUCUUCUUUAUGCUUCGUUCACCCAACAAACUGUUUUUAAUUAUCAACCUGGUGAUAUAUUUGGCUGUGUAGCGGAUAUCGGUUGGAUUACGGGUCAUUCGUACGUUGUAUAUGGUCCUCUCUGUAAUGGAGCAACUACUGUAAUCUUUGAGAGUGUUCCGACUUAUCCGGACCCUGGAAGAUAUUGGGAAAUGGUUGAGAGAUUGAAAAUUAAUCAAUUUUAUGGUUCACCAACUGCUUUACGUCUUCUUUUAAGAUACGAUGAUUCUUUCGUUACAAAGUACGACAGAAGUUCAUUAAAAACUCUUGGCUGUGUUGGUGAACCCCUAAAUCACGAAGCAUGGUCAUGGUUCCAUACAGUUGUUGGAGAAAAGAGAUGCGAUGUUGUCGAUACAUGGUGGCAAACUGAAACGGGAGGUAUAUCAAUAACUCCUCGGCCAUCUGCUCCUGGUGCUCAUAUCGAAGGUGGUAUGCCAAUGCGUCCAUUUUUGGGACAACAACCAUGUAUCGUGGGAAAUGAUGGUAAAAUACAAUCGGGAAAUGACGUUGAAGGUGCUUUAUGUUUGGCUACUCCCUGGCCAGGGAUGGCUAGAACAAUUUAUGGCGAUUCAAAGAGAUUUGUUGAAACUUACUUUAGAUUAUCGGAUGGUGUAUACUUUUCGGGAGAUGGUGCUCACAGACACUCUAAUGGCUAUUAUCAAAUAACCGGUAGAAUGGAUGAUGUUAUAAACGUUUCAGGCCAUAGAUUGGGUACCGCCGAAAUUGAAGAUGCCAUGGAUGAACACAAGGAUGUAAGCGAGACAGCAGUUGUUGGAUUCCCACACGAACUUAAAGGCGAAGGAAUCUACGCAUUUGUAAGCUUGAAGGAGUCAAUAAAAGAAACCCCAGAAGAAAUUAUAGAUGAUUUAAAGAAAGUUGUAAAAACUAAAAUUGCUUCUUACGCUGUCCCUGAUUUUAUACUGAUUACGUCAGCACUGCCAAAAACAAGAUCUGGGAAGAUUAUGAGACGAAUUCUGAGAAAAAUUGCAGCCAAUAAAGAAGAUGAAUUGGGUGAUAUAUCAACUCUAGCCGAUCCUGAAUCAGUUUCCCAACUUGUUGAAAGUCAUAAGAAUAUGAUGAGAACGAAAUAG